AUGGCCCAGCAUGUCCAUCUGCCACCCUGCCAUCACCAUGUGUCCACCGGGCCCACCUCGGCAUCUCCAGACCCCCCAUGCCAUCGUCCCAGUGGGAACCAGACUUCACCUCCCCCACUGUACCGUCUCACCUCUCCCUCCACAGAAGCACUUCUGCGGGACCGGCCACCAUCACCCAGCGCGUUUCUAUUGGUUUGGGGGGUUUGGUUUACACUUUGUCGUGGGCACAGGACACAGGAAAAUCAGCCGUGUUCACGGCUGGGCAGGAGAAUGCUGGUCAAUUCUUUCAAAGCUUUCAAACUCAACAAAAUAUGA